CGGGUGCAUGCUGGGAGCUGCGGCAUGUCUGGUCUGGGCUUGGUGGCCGACAAAGUUGCCGUGGAUGCCCUGCUGUAUUUUGACCAAGGCUACGAGGCUCCUGGUGUGUGAGAGGCAACCGCGGCACUGGUGAAGUAAGAUACGUGCUGCUACCGGCCCACCAAGAACUACCUGAGCUACCUGGCGGAGCCCGACUACAGCGCUUUCGAGACUGAAAUAAUGCGGAAUGAAUUUGAACGCCUAGCAGCCCGACAGUCCAUAGAACUGUUGAGCAUGAAAAGAUAUGAGCUGCCUACACCAUCCUCUGGACAGAAGAAUGACAUCACAGCAUGGCAAGAAUGUGUUAAUAACUCAAUGGCUCAGCUGGAGCACAAGGCAGUCCGUAUUGAGAAUUCGGAGUUGAUGUCUCAGUAUGGCUGCAAUGCCUGGAAAGUGUAUAAUGAGCAUUUAGUUCAUAUGACUGAACAGGCACAAAGGGAGCUGCAGAGUUUGAAGAAACACGUUCAAGACCUUAACUGGCAGCGGAAGAACAUGCAGCUCACAGCUGGUGCUAAACUUCGAAAGAUGGAAUCUAUGUGGGUGUCCCUGGUCAGUAAAAACUAUGAGAUUGAACGAACUAUUGUGCAACUGGAAAAUGAAAUUUCUCAAAUCAAGCAGCAACAUGGAGAGGCAAACAAAGAAAACAUCCAACAGGACUUCUGAGACUUGUGUUGGCCUUU